AUGUCCAUCGUGUCGUCGACCGUGGGAUCUGAUCUCCGCACUUACCUCCUCGACCGAGGCAUCAUUGCUCCUUACACCACUGGCGAGCAACUCCGCCAGAUGGCCGUGCAGGACUACGACAAGCUCCUCUCGUCGGCUUCCUCGGGCAAUGCUGCCGCCAAGACGGCCGCUUCUUCGCAGCUGAGCGCCGCCUCGAGCGCCGCGUCGUCCGUCUCGUCUGCUGUAAGCUUCUACGCCGCCCAAGCCAGCAAAUCGGCCUCGAGCGUAGCACUUACCGAUCUCUACUAUCCCGUGUCCAAAUCCGCCGCCUCGGUCGGUUCACAGGCUUCCGUCUACGCCGCUUCCGCCUCGGCUUCCGCCACUAGCCUGGGCAAGGAUGCUCAGGCUUCGGCUUCCAGCGUUAGCAAGAAUGCUCCCGGCGCCUCGGACGUCUCCAAGAGCGCCAAGAGCGCCGCAUCGCAGGCCAGCAAGUCGGGCAACUCUGCCUACAACGCCGCUUCCAAGUCCGGCAGCUCGGCCUACGCUCAGGCUUCGCAGGCGGUGAACCGUGCGAUCGACGAUAGCACCGACUACGUCUACUCGACCUGGAACGACAACGACCUGCGAUCCUUCCUCGAGUCGCACGGCAUCAUCAAGACAAAGACCCAGGCAACUCGCGACGAGCUGCUCACCAAGAUGCGUGACGCCUACACCACCACCGUCAACGCCCCCUACGAGGCCUACUCGAACAGCUACCUUCACAACUGGCUCGUCGACCACGGCAUCAUCAAGUCGCCCGCCGAAAAGACGCGCGACGAGUACCUUGCACUCGCCAAGGACUACUACACCACGGGCACCGAAAACGUCUACGACACGUGGAAGGAGUCGGAUCUGCGCAGCUGGCUGAUCAAGAACAACGUGAUCAAGUCGGACUACCAGGCCAAGCGCGACGACUACCUCGACCUGGUUCGCAAGAACUACAACACGGCCGAGAGCGAGGUCUGGUCGAGCUGGACCGACAGCGACUUGCGCAGCUGGCUCAUCCAGAACGGCUACAUGAAGUCGGACGCGCAGGCCAAGCGAGACGAGCUGAUCAAGCAGGCUCAGAAGCACGGCAAUGAGAUCAACAAGGAGGCCAAGGAGUACAUCUCUUGGAGCGACGCCCGUCUGCGCGAGUACCUGCGCAGCAGCGGCAUGCCCCUCGAGGCCAUCCCCAAGAAGCGCGACCAGCUGCUGCGCGAGAUGCGCGCCCGAUACACGGGUCACCGCGGCAUUUUCAGCUACAUUAAGGAUGGCGUUCGCCAGGCCUACUUUGGCGUCCAGGACAUCCUCGGCAAGGGCGAACAGGGCGCUGCUCACGCCAGCGUCAGCGCUUCGUCUGCUGCGAGCGCUGCUUCGGCUUCGGCUGCCAGUGCCACCGCUCGUGCCAAGGACGAGUUCUAA